GUGGCGCAUGUGAUACUCAACCAGAAACGUUCUUUUAAAUAUACCUAAUUCGUCCCUGUUAAUUAGGUUUACAGUGCCAACGGACGUACAAUGGUUAAGUACGUUUCCACUCCGGCCGUGGCCCACGUGGAACAAUUGCUGCAGAACACCCGAAGGUCUGGCCAACGAAAGGGGCGCCAGUUGCAUGUGAGUUUCAAAGAAAACAUACAAAAACACUGCUCAGCCACCUUUCGGGUGCCAGAAAUACAAGACGUUAAGAACAAUAACUAUAAUAGUGCGCAAAAACCGAGAGCUAGUUCAUCUGGUGGUGCAGGAUGGGUACAAAAUCACAGUAAAGCACGUGUUGCACUGCCAAUGGGAGCUAAAAAUUUGAACGGACACAGCGGUCACGAUAAUCGGUCUCCUAAACAGCCUUCGCAGUCUACGCUGAAGAUAGCUCCUGUAGAGAAGGUGAAAGUAACUCCUGCGAAACCAGUACCAGCUGCGACAAAAGGAUCUAGUGCGAAAGAAGAACUUACUGCGACAAAAGAACUUCCUGCGACAAAAGGAACUAUUGCGAAAGAAGAACCCACUGCGCCAAAAGAACCUACUGUGAAAAAAGCAGAACCCGUCACGGCGGUUAUGGAGGAAUCCUGUGAACAUGUCGAUGGCAGCAUUGCUUCAACGAAACCGUGCAGCAGCGUGUGGGAUUGGAUCAACAUGCUGGACAUGCCCUCGGAAGUAAUGGGUCUAUCGCGAACCAUUCCCAAAGUCGACGUGCUCAGUUACUUCGUGGAGCGAGAGAUCACAAACGUACGGGUCCUGCACAUGCUCAAUCCCAACCGGCUGUGGUUGCGUAGCGCCGCCCAGGAGCCGUUGGUCGAAAAGUUGUACGACGAGCUGAACGAAUGCUAUAACCAUAUCGCAUCCGAUCGAUGGCGCCUGGAGACGAGUAAGGUGCAGCACGGGCUGUACUGUGCCGUGCUGUAUGAGGAAGUCUGGCAGCGGGGAAGAAUCGUGGGACCACUGAUCGGGACCCGCGUGAAGGUGCACUUCAUCGAUACGGGCUUGACGGAGCUGGUGGAUUAUAGACAUUUGAAGUUUUUGGCCACCUCGUUCGGCACUGUACCGGCGCAGGCAGUUCGAGCCUCCUUGGCCUGUUUAAUCCCGAAAGGAGGCGUGUGGACGAGGGCAGAGUCCGACAGGCUAACGAGGCUUAUUAAUUUCGUUUCGCAACAACCUGCCUAUAUAAUGUGCAUCAACAAUAAGCUCAAUAUUUUGGACAUUAUUUUGAAACAGUUUAACGGAGCCUGGCUGAAUGAAAAGUUUGCUUCAAUAGUAUCUGCCCAGUGGACCGGCAGUACCUAUCUCUCCAAGAGCGUAAGUAUGACUUGAAGUCAUGUUCGGUUGGGAAGUAGUAAUGAAAAA